CAACCAAAGCACAGUGAAGAAGACUACAUCAAACGGCCUGAGAACGCAUUCAUCCGGUUUCAUCAUGAAUGCCGUUUGAAAAAGAACAAGGCAGAGGCUGCAGCAGCUGCAGAAGGUGAUUAUGUUGUGCAGCGUCAGUGUCAAGCCAACCUAUCCAAAACAACCUCACAACAAUGGCAUUCACUGUCCGCAGAGGAACGUAAACACUGA